CAGAUGGAAGAGAUGGUGCCACUGUAUGGGCACUACAGGACCAGAUUACACAGCCUUGGCGGCCAGCAAGUGAGGGGCCUGGACUCAGUCCAAGAGCUGGUGGAGUUCAAGCUAGAGAGAGAUACAGAGACAGAGAGACAGAUGGACAGAGAGAGACAUGGACAGAAGAUGUGGUGGCAGAGGAGGUCCUCUUUUGUGACUCUGUCCCUUUGCAGUGUGACCUGUGGUGGGACUUACACUGACCAGCUAUAACAGAGCUCUGGAUACAGAUCGAGUUCCCACUACUCACCCACCUCAGCUGGGUCUCAGCACUCCUGAGGCAUCAGGUUUAGGACACCUCCUGGGACCACAGCAGGUGUCAUCCAGUACCUGGUAGGGGCAAGUAGUGCAGUUCCUUUGAUUUUCAUUGGCACUUUCAACUCUGUAGGGAUCAGAAAAUCAGAAGUGGAUGAUGAUCACACAUGGCAGUGAACUGGAUGUAUCUUUGUAGCAUCCCCUCAGGACUUUCCAGCCUGGGCCAGUCUGGGAACAGUCAGAAGAGUGGAGCUUUGGCCAGCCUCCCAGUGCUGGUCAUUGGCAGGUCAGAACAUGCAGAGGGAUGGAGAGCCUAGUGCCUCUGCAGGGACCGGGCAGGGUGGAAGGGGGCCAGGCACUCUGGUUGCCUGGCCCCACAGGCUUCGGGGACCUGCUUGUCACUGAAAAAUCACGUGUCCUGAAGCGGCCCCCGGACUCCCCUCACUCUCUCCAGAAUUUCAUGGCAUCUGGUGGCCUGGUGGGCAUCGCUUGGUGCACAUCCAUCUGGCCAAGACCGCAAAUGGAUUUCUGCCAACAACAAGGCUCCCACUGCAUUCAGCGAGCUCAGUGAAAACUAGCAGCGAGGCCACAUCCACUGGACCCCUGGGCAAAACUCUCGAGCCUCAGGUGAGAAGGUGGUUCCCUGCCUCCACCAUGGCUCAUGGGGAAUUUUCACCCACCACCAGGCCCCCAAGUUGUGUGCUCAUCUGCAUGCUCAUGGACUGCAGGCUUUUUGGAAGGACCAGCUCCUGGGCCCUCUUCAAAACUCUUCUCCUGCCACUGACUCAGCCUAUUUUGCAUCCAGCCCCAUGAGUUCAUGACCCACUCAUGGACCUGCAGUGUCCCUUGUCACCUGGUUCAACCACACUGAAUCCACUCUUCUCCUGAAAUCCACUUGAGCUGCAUCCCACAUGCCUUGGGGGACCCCAUCUGACACCCUUAGGGGAAGAGGCAGUGAGUUGAUGCUCCAGGAUCCCCAGCCACUCAAGCCUUGGGAGCUGGGCAACCACUCCUGCUGACUCAUGCGGGACUGAACUUCCCUCAUGUGGUCACCAUAUCCAAGCCCCGGCAGCCAGGAGGAGGAGAGGCGCACCUCCAACAGCGAGAGCUCAGAAAGGUGAGCAAGAGAGGCACCCUCAUCCCUAAUGGGCACCUUGGGCACAGAGGCCACUUGGCAGGUGACCCCCUUCCCCAUGAGCUGUGGCUGAGCUGACACCAACACUGGAGCACAGAAGGUGAGCCAGGGGGAUGCAGCCCCUCAGGGAGCUGAGGGGUGCCAGCUGCAGCCACAGUGCCCAGGCUCAUGAAGGAGGCCAAGGUCAGAGCUUAGAUUUCUGGAAUGGGGAAGGGGGGGGUGAGAGGAAAAUGAAGAUGAGAAUAAAUGGAGGUGGGAGGAUGGGGGCAGGAGGAGGUGGUGCAGGGGUGAAGGAGGAAAGAUGAACAGUGAAGGAACAGGGCAAGAAGGAUGAGCAGGAAGAGGACCAGCACAGAAAGGGGGAGCAGGAGGACAGGAGGCCAAGACCAACCCAAGCCAGUUCCUUGAGAGUCAUGUUGGGGUCCCUGUAGAUAUUUUACUUGAGUGAUCCCUUGGUUUGAUGCUCAGACCUGGGGAACCUCAAGGUACUGAUUGAGGCCUGUGUGGGAAAUCACUGGCCUGAUUCAAGACUAACCACAAGAGCUUACUCUUCACAUCAGUACCCUCCUGACACUACUAACAAGCAGUAGGAGAGGAGGAGUGAAGGAAGAUCAGGGUUCAGGGACAGCUGGUUGUGAGGGUCCAAGUGCCCAGUUCCACUGCAUCCCGGCCACCCUCCCCUGCGUGGAGAGACGACCCUCCCCCAAAGGAAAGUCAAAUUUCAGGCCAACGGUUCAGGGCUGCUCCUGGCCAAUGGGUGGGCUCCACUGUGGGUGGAAUAGCAGUGACCCCAGAGUUCUGUCUGUUGCCUGGCACCCACUCUGCUUCCUGUGCCCAGGCAGUUGGAGGCCCUUGUGGUUGCUGACCUGCUCUGAUGCUCGCUCGCCUGCCCGCCCUGCUCUGACACACCUGAUUCCCACACCUUCCUGGGUGACUUAUUAUCAUUUUGAGAGGAGAGGCCCAUAUCCAACAGUGAGGAUCAGAAAGGCAGUUGGAGGCCCUUGUGGUCUCUGACCUGCUCUGACACUCGCCUGCCCUCCCUGUUCUGACCCACCGACCUGAACUUGGGUCCAUUUAUACAGCAGAGACCAGCUCUAACAGCAAGAGGCCAGAAAGGCUACUGGAGUCCCUCAGAGUUGCUGAUCUGCUCUGACACUCACUCGCCUGCCCACCCUGCUCUGACCCACCUGAUCCUCACACCCGCCUGGUUACCUUUUCACCAUUUUGAGAGGAGAGGCCCAAGUCCAACAGUGAGAGUCAGAAAGGCAGUUGGAGGCCCUCGUGGUCACUGACCUGCUCUGACGCCUGCUCAUCUGUCUGCCCAACAUUCUCUGGCCCACCUGAUCCCCCACCCGACUGGAUACCUUGUUACAAUUUUGAAAGGAGAGGCACACAUCCAACAGUGAGUGAGAAAGGCAGGUGGAGGCUCUUGUGGUCACUGACCUGCUCUGAAGCCUGCACAUCUUCUGGCCCUGAUCGAACCCACCUGAUCUCCACACCCACCUGCUUACCUUCUUACCAUCUUGAGAGGAGAGGCCCACAUCCAACAGGGAGUGUCAGAAAGGCAGUUGGAGGCCCUCGUGGUCACUGACCUGCUCUGACGCUCACUCACCUGCCUGCCCUGCUCUGACCCACCUGAUCCCCACACCCGCCUGGUUACCUCGUUACCAUCUUGAGGAGAGGCCCACAUCCAAAAGUGAAAAUCAGAAAGGCAGUUGGAGGCCCUGUGGUCUCCGACCUGCUCUGACGCUCGCCCGUUUCUCCACCUCUCCCACCCCAUCCCUGGGUGCAUUUCCACCAAAGAGGCACAGCUCCAGCAGCGAGAGGUCACAAAACAUCAAACAUGGUGAAGAUGGAGACUCUGCUGGCCCUGGAACGAGCAGAAAUAGUGGCCAAGUAUGAGCAGGGGCACCAGUCAGGGUCUCCAGCGGACCCGGACCCAUGGGAUGAUUCUGACCUCUCGUGCUACAAGGUCACCUACAGAUGGGAACAGCCUGGCCUCAGCACCCAGGGCCUCAGCAUCCAUGGCCUCAGCACCCACAAGGCGAGGAUGCGCCGGCGAGUCUACAAGGGGAUCCCCCCACAGGUGAGAGGACAGGCGUGGUCUCUGCUCUUGGAUCUGGAGAAGGUGAAGGUGGAGAACCAAGGGAAAUACCAGAGAAUGAAGGAGCAGGCCAGGCUCUACUCUCGGGACAUCAAAUAUAUUGACAUGGACGUGAGCCGCACCUUCCAAAACAAUAUCAUGUUCCAGGAGCGGUAUGGCAUCAAGCAGCAAGCCCUCUUCAAUGUGCUCACAGCUUACUCUGUCUACAACACAAAUCUUAACAGGGAUGAGAGUUCCCAGCAACCCAAACUCCUGUGUGGCUCCCUGGAGGUGGCUCCGCACCCCACCUGCACUUUCCAGAAUAUUCCCUCAAGGAGCACCAGCUGAGAUGACCACACAGGAUGACCAAAGUGGGGUCUGCAGCUGCUCCACCACCACCAUGGCCCUCCAAGCCUCACAUAUGCCUGAGGUGGGCUACUGCCAUGGCAUGAACCAGAUUGUCGCUGUCCUGCUCAUGUUUCUUAAUGAGGAGAAUGCUUUCUGGGCACUGGCUCAACUGAUGGACAACAAAAGACAUGCCAUGCAUGGCUUCUUCAUUCCGGAGUUCCCAAAACUUCAGAGAUUGCAGGCCCAUCAUGAUAAGAUUCUGGAGAGGACUCUUCCCAAGCUGAAGAGGCACCUGGACAAGGAAUACAUGUACACAGAAAUUUAUACUAAGCUGUGGUUCCAACAUUGCUUUAUUGACCAGACACCUUUCUCACUCACACUAAGACUAUGGGAUGUAUACAUCCUGGAGGGGGAGCGAAUGCUCACAGCCAUGGCCUAUACAAUCAUCAAGCUGCACAGAAAACACCUCCUGAAGCUGCCCCUGCAAGGCCUGUAUGAGUUUCUUCAGGACAAGAUCUCCGGGCCCUGGGCCCUAGAGGAUGAUGCAGUGAUCAAAAAGCUACAGGCAUCAAUGGCUGAACUGCACAGGAAGAACUGGGACCUACCUCCCCCAGCAAAACCUGAGGAGUUCCCCACGAGGACCCUGGGCGUGGAGCGAUCAUCCCUGGAACCCAAGCCUUGCCCAACCAUUAUAAGCAUUAAGGAACUCUCUGGAGAAGACGGGCCUGACCUCCCUGGCCCACCUGCUAAGCACCAGCAGCCCGGACCCUCACACAGCCAGGCCUGCCUAAAGGCUGAGGAACACCAGCAAGAGCAGACCAUGGCACCACAACUCCGUUGGAGGGCCCGAGAGCCACCACGUCUGGCCUGCCCGUUUCCACCCCUGGACAUACCUCAGGACCGGAUGUGGCCGUGGAGAUGGGCUUCUCUUCCCAACAUCCCCAGGAACUAUGAGUGUCCCCUCAAGUGGCCAAUUGAUAUAGGAUUCGAGCCCGAGUGUUGGGACCUUUGCCCCUCAGCACGGGCCAAGGUCGCCCUCAGGGCCACAUUGCAGGCCUAGCCCUGCAGUCCCACAAAGGCCUCAGCCACAGGUCCUGCCCAGGCCCACUGAACACGCAGCCACGGGGCCCAGGACACCCCUCCUGACCCAUAGCAAGUGCAGCCAAUGCCCCUCCCAGGGCCGUGAUCAGCACGGCCAAGAUAGGAUACGUGGUUUCAAUUUCAUUACAAUUUGUAACGCUACUCCAUCGUUUUGCAAAUGACCCUCUGACAUUAUCUAUGACAUAAAGGGCAUUUGUGAUGAAGUUUUUGACAAAAAUCCAGUGACUUCUAGGAUUUGUCUUUCAAAUGACAUGCAUCUAGCCACUUGUAGCAUGAAAUUAUUGAAUCCCAAAUCCCAGUGUCCACCACAGGGUGGCAGAAUUCAUCUUCUGCCUCAGUCAUCAGGCUGCAAGUAUUCAUGGAGCAGACACUUCCAAAAACAUCUAAGCAUUCCUAUUAAGGAGCUCUAAUGGCAGUGUACCAGUAAUUUCCCACUAUAAAUCUCCUAGAGCUAGUUUCAUUUCUUUUUUGUUACUAUGAUGCAAAAAUGGUAGUGGUGAAUUUGGUAGGGUUUGCAGCAUGUCUCUAAUGACCUUAGACCAUGUUAUUUCCAGAAACUGGCCUAAUUACUUCAAACCCUUUAGUUUGGCUAAACAGAAGAGUUCUAUUUGGCUAAUUCUAUUUACCACAGCUCGCCUAGUCUCCCAAGCUUCUCCCUCUGAGACAAAAACUAUUAUGAAGUUGUCAAUAUAAUGAAUUAACUUACUUUAGGUAUGGUAAUACAUAAGUCUUUUUUAAAAAGUAUGACAGUAUGCUAAAUCUAUAUCUUUGGGGGAAAAUAGUAAACCUAUACUGUAUUCUUUUGCAUAGAAAAGUAAACUAUGCCUGACGGUUCUUUGUUUCUAAAAGUUAAUCUGGAAGCAUAAAUGUAUGCAAAUUGCAAUUAAUUUUCAAAAGAGUAAUGAGUCUUUCUAGAAGGCAAAACGAAUUAUAAUGUUAGAAUCAUAUCCUGGCUCAGAAAUACAUAUCGAAUGCAAAUCAUUAACAAAACAUGAUUAGCCCAAUUUCACAAAGAUAUAUUUAGAAUAAGGAUAUUUCAAUAUAAAAUAUGGAAUCCCUGCUGUGGCACAAUAGGACUGGCAGCACCAAGGACACAGGUUCAAUCCCCGGCCUGGCACAGUAGGUUAAAUAAAAGAUCCUUUGUUGCCACAGCUGUGGAGUAGGUUGCAACUGCAUCUCAAAUAUGACUCCAGGCCUGGGCACUUCAUAUGCCACAAAAAAAUGUUUCAAUUAGGAUCAUUUUAGUUGUAAAUGAAAGGAAGAUCAAAUGAAAUUGUUUUUAAAUGUAAGGAUAUUUGUUGACUUGCUUAUGUAAAUGCAAACUCCAAAACCUGGACAGCCUCAGAAUGCACUGAUAAAAAUGAUCAAUUAUACUAUAAUAAAAUCCUUUACUUUUUGUAUUCUUA